AUGGUGAGUAAAUAUUUGUUACUACUUAUGUGUAUUGUUCUGGGUAUCCAUGCGCAUAUACCUAAAAAAAAUAGUAAAAAAGGAAAUAUAGAAGUUUUAAAAAAGAAAGUAAGUAGAUAUGCUAAAAAUUAUAAAAAGUCAUAUUUAUUGAAAGACGAUGGUGUGUUAGGGACAUAUAAAAUCGAUGCUUAUGUUCAUUGUGAUGAUGAUUUUGAAAAAGAAUUUAAAUGGAAUAUAUAUAGAAAUAGUCACAAUGGUAAUAACUUUUCUUUAAGGACUUGCCGAAUGAAAAGAAAAUUUAAUAAAGCAUAUGAUGACGAUAGUUUUUCAGUUAAAAAAAUAUUUUCAAAUGCAAAUAUAAUAUAUCAACAAUUUGUUCGUAAAUUUUCUGUCUAUAAAUUUAAUAUAACUCUCAAAAAAAAUCAUCAUAUAGAAAUAGAAGAAAAAAAAGAUUUAUCAAAUUCAAUUAUGAGCUCUUUAAGUAAUUUGGUUGUUACUAAAAAAACUCAACUUACUUCAGAUAUGCCAAGAUGGAGAUUAAGUUUUAAUUAUAUUAGAGGAAAAAAAAAAUUAAUUGUUAUUAUUCCUAAGCAUUUACCUGGAGUAAAUAUACGCAUGUAUUAUGUUAUAGUUGCCUAUCGAAGGUGGUUGUUUAAUACCAUUGGUGAUAUAUACAUUCAAUUUGAGGGAGGAUAUAAAAAACAUAAUGUUGGAUAUUUCACUAUGGCUCGAGCUAAAUAA